GCCGGUACUGCUGCGGGCAUUGACCCCAAGAUCCUCGACGCCUGGCAAGGAGACGCCGUCGAUUUCUCCGUUGCUCCCUGGGACCAGCAUCUCGCUUUUGACCCUGUCGCCGACUGGCAGACUGGCCAUGAUGCUACCGAUGUCGAUGUCGAUGUCGAUGUCGACCUCGUCGACCAGCGGGGGGUGUCUGCCACCCUGACGGGGGCGCCCCGCGAGAUCACAAAUAGGAUUGGGUGGGUUAUACAUAGAAUAAUAAUGGAUAUCAGUUUAUUUUAUUCUUUCUGUCUUCUAUUUGAAUACUAAUACUGUGCUGCUAUGUUCAGUCAUGAGUCUACAGAUAGGUUUGCCGUGGACCCCGUCGAAGGGACCAUCAGCGGCACCAUCAGCCCUCAGACCAUCCCUUCCUCGACCGACGACAACUUCCAUCCGGACGAGUCGUGGCCUCAGUUCCAACUGUUCAACUCGGCGGCCGCGGCCGCCGCGGCUGGCCUCUCGAUGGACGCCUCGCUACUUUACCCUUAUUCCAAAGAACAGGCCGCGUCGACAGACACUGUCAUCAUCGAGGACGUUGGAGGGGACCUGCAUCCGGCCCAAGGAUUCCAGCAGGAUGGCUCCGUCGACCAGGGUAUACCCCUGCAGAAUCAUAUCCCCUCGCAAACCUUUCAGAUUGUGGCCGAUCCGUGGUCGGAUAUCUCACCGCCCAUCUCGACGGAGAACGUCUCCCCGGCCUCUGGGCCCUCCACACACUCUCAUAGCCUACAGUCACUAUCGGACCUGCAGAACUCCUUCCAUUCGCUCGAGGCCCGCUGGCUGGAGAGCCUUGAGUCGCAAAUGCCAACCAACCUGUCUCUCUCCUUUCCAGCCAUCCCGCAAGACCUCGGCUUCAACGAGGAGAUCCCCAACGCACAGGAUGGCUUCCAGUACAAAUCCGAGAGCUCCUCCGUGUCCGGAGACCUGUCGGGAAUCCAGGAGUGCUCAUACUCGGCCACUAGCGAGGAGAUGCCGACCGCUGCAGGACUGGCCGCCGCUUUCCCGGAACCCCUGUCCGAUGAGGAGUCCGCGCAGUAUCUCAAGUGGGAGGAGGCCGCGCCCGACGAGGUGUCUUCCGAUGGCUCGCAGACUUUCCCCAACACCACCGCUUUUGUCAUCAGCGAAACGCCGUCUGAGUCGCUCGUGUCUCUUCCCUCGCGGCCCAAGGCUCUGACGGCUACAGCCGGUGCCAGAGCCCUGGGCCGCCCGAUGCCGCUGGCCGUCCAGCCCGGUGCGGCUGUCAGGAAGCGCAAACCCCGCAACUCCACCGUCUCGCUCGACCAGUGCCAGCCAAAACCGCUGCAGAUCGUACAGGAGGACGGCCAGGGUGGCUCCAUUGCGUCCGCGGAUUUUGUCUCCCCUCCCCGGGGGGCACGGCGCAAGGGUCCCCUUUCUAUGGCCGGCAGGGCUAACGCCGGCUUGCGCCGCAAGAACAAGGAUACUUGUGUCCAGUGCCGUCUAAACAAGCGCAAGUGUGAUGGAAAUGCACCGUGUGAUGCAUGCCGCCCGACACUCCAUGAACAGCCCUGUGCGCGGGCGUGUUUCUCUAGCAUUGUCGAGUUUGGCACAUGCAACUACAUCUCCCAACGAGCUAUCAAUCACCCUACUACAGAUGGAUAUGGCCGAGUGCGGAUGGAGAUCCCGUCGGCGUUCGACAUGGGAGAUCUGCUGACGCUGCUGGGCGAGCGGCAGGGCCGGUUCAACAUCCGGGCUAGCCAAGCCUGGGGUUCGCUCUACGUCUUGGACCUGGGCGAGGCGUACAAGUUCCUCAAGGGACUAACCGAGUACAACAGCAAUUCGCAGUCAACCUUCAUCGACUUUAUUGACCGUCGGCUCAUCGAAUCCAAAGACCGAUCGAAGAACUGGCUGAGUUGCGUCAAAGACUGCGACCCGAUGGGCAACGCUUACGCCCUUUUAUCGCAGUGGAACAACAUGCCUAGCCGAGCAAGCUACACAUUCGUGUCGACACAGCCUGGGGUACCCGAGCGACUGAUGGAUAUCGACAGUGAGGAAGACCGGCGGGAAAUCCUGCUGGCGGCGCAGCUGUCCCGGAUCAUCUGCCGGAUGAUGGAAGUGGAAGGGUUCCGCAAGUUGGAGCGCGACUUCUACAACAUCAAAUGGAAGCAGAUCACGCACGAGACGCAUGUGCGCUUCCUCGGCGAGCUGGGUCGGAUCCUGCUCUCGCUGCGCUGGCGGGUCUCGUGGUGGAAGCGUCUGGGCGACGGCGGCCACGACCCGGAUCCCAGCCAGCAGCACUAUGUCGACCGCGUCGAACUGCUCUGUCGCAUCCUCUACGUCUACUACACGUGCGUUCUGGCCAAACUCCCCUCCUGGUCCACCUCGGAGGUUCCCAAGGGCACCUGGUCCAACUACGCCGAUGCCGAAAACCCAGUCUGGGAUGAUUUCCCUUCUGACCCGACGGACAAUGGCUUCCAGAAAUGGAUGAACCGUGGCAGGGAGUUGAUCGAGGAGGCGGGCGUGCCCGGUCGUCUGGCCCGGUGUUACUGAGGACUUGCUUGUUCCAACUAUAAGGGGAGGUGGAGGGGGAGAAAAAAUACUUUAGAUUCAUGAUACCCACGGCGUGGCACGGCUCUGCAACUUUUAACGACUGAUGAUGCAAUUUCUUUCUCGGUGUUUGGGAAUAGUACAUACGGAAUCAAAAAAUUGUACCUAGUUAAUCAUAUCUCAUUAAAUUAUGUCCUCUAUACUCUAGUAAUA